CGUCACAUUUUCAUCGUCACUGGCCCUGCUGGUUGUGGCAAGAGUACUGUUGCUCAGACUCUCGCCUCCAACCUUUCUUUGCCCUAUAUCGAGGGAGACGAUUAUCACACUCCCGCAUCCGUUGAGAAGAUGGCUCACUCAAUUCCCCUGACCGAUGCGGACCGCUGGGACUGGCUCAUUUUGCUGCGCGACACCGCCAUGAGCCGGCUCACCGCUGGCGCCCCCGGUGUUGUGGUCACCUGCUCCGCCCUGAAACGCAAAUACCGCGACGUCAUUCGUGCUGCUGCUUAUGCUGAUCAUGCUGUGCUCGUCCACUUUUUGUAUCUGAGAGCCUCGGAAGAGGUUCUGCUGCAGCGUGUCACCGCUCGCGCUGGUCACUACAUGAAGAGUGCCAUGGUUCAUAGCCAGUUUCACGACCUUGAGGAGCCUGGAAACCAAGAACAGAACCUCGACGUCCUGGUUGUGGAUGUUGAGCAUAACGAUAUCAAGGAGGUCAGCCGCCUCGCCGUCGAUGCCGUAACCAAGGUGCUC